CUGAUCUGAUCUAUGGAAAAGUUGGUGGCUCCAUUGUUCUGAAUCCAGGUCAGAUUUCAGAGCCUAUUGAGGCAGUAAUAUGGAGGCACAAAGUGGACCUCACCUCAAAGGGUUCUUGGCAGGAUAUUCAAAGUGACGGAGCUUUUAAAGGUCGCUGUGACUUUGAUAAAACAAGUGGAAGUUUGACCAUCAACAGUCUGACUCUAGAGGACAGCGGCAGCUACACAGUUGAGAUCAACAAUAAAGUUCUGGAGAAGAAGGAACUCCAGGUUAUCAAACCGGUCCCAAAACCCACAGUGUCCAUAAAGUACAACCAUGAGAAGGAUGUCUGGAGUCUCACCUGUGAAGCCCAAGUCACUGCUGACUUUGGACCUGUGACGUAUAAAUGGAAAACAGUUGACACAGAGUUGUCCACCAACAAGGAGCUGCUGAUAACAACGGAGAAUAAGGAAAGCUCCUUUUUCUGUGAGUUGGUAAACCCUGUCAGCAGCAGCUCCAGUGAAACAGUGGAAAACCCCUUUAUCAGAGCUGAUCUGAUCUAUGCAAAAGUUGGUGGCUCCAUUGUUCUGAAUCCAGGUCAGAUUUCAGAGCCUAUUAAGAAAGUAAAAUGGAGGUACAAAUCAAACUCUGGCUGGAAGAUAUACCAGAAGAUCAUUGAUCUGAAAAGGUUCCAAGGUCGCUGUGACUUUGAUAAAACAAGUGGAAGUUUGACCAUCAACAGUCUGACUCUAGAGGACAGCGGCAGCUACAUAGUUGAGAUCAACAACAAAGUUCUGGAGAAGAAGGAACUCCGGGUUAUCAAACCGGUCCCAAAACCCACAGUGUCCAUAAAGUACAACCAUGAGAAGGAUGCCUGGAGUCUCACCUGUGAAGCCCAAGUCACUGCUGACUUUGGACCUGUGACGUAUAAAUGGAAAACAGGUGACACAGAGUUGUCCACCAACAAGGAGCUGCUGAUAACAAUGGAGAAUAAGGAAAGCUCCUUUUUCUGUGAGUUGGUAAACCCUGUCAGCAGCAGCUCCAGUGAAACAGUGGAAAACCCCUUUAUCACAGCUGAUCUGAUCUAUGGAAAAGUUGGUGGCUCCAUUAUUCUGAAUCCAGGACAGAUUUCAGAGCCUAUUGAGAAAGUAAAAUGGAGGCACAAAUUGGACCUCACCUCAAAGUCUUCUUGGCAGGAUAUUAAAAGUGACGGAGCUUUUAAAGGUCACUGUGACUUUGAUAAAACAAGUGGAAGUUUGACCAUCAACAGUCUGACUCUAGAGGACAGCGGCAGCUACAUAGUUGAGAUCAACAACAAAGUUCUGGAGAAGAAGGAACUCCAGGUUAUCAAACCGGUCCCAAAACCCACAGUGUCCACAGAGUGCAACCAUGAAAAGACCAGCUGUAAUCUAACCUGUGAAGCCCAAGUCACUGCUGACUUUGGACCUGUGACGUAUAAAUGGAAAACAGGUGACACAGAGUUGUCCACCGACAAGGAGCUGCUGAUAACAACGGAGAAUAAGGAAAGCUCCUUUUUCUGUGAGUUGGUAAACCCUGUCAGCAGCAGCUCCAGUGAAACAAUGUAUAACCCCUUUAUCAGAGCUGAUCUGAUCUAUGGAAAAGUUGGUGGCUCCAUUGUUCUGAUUCCAGGUCAGAUUUCAGAGCCUAUUGAGAAAGUAAAAUGGAGGUACAAAAUGGACCUCACCUCAAAGGGUUCUUGGCAGGAUAUUCAAAGUGAUGAAGCUUUUAAAGGUCGCUGUGACUUUGAUAAAACAAGUGGAAGUUUGACCAUCAACAGUCUGACUCUAGAGGACAGCGGCAGCUACAUAGUUGAGAUCAACAACAAAGUUUUGGAGAUGAAGAAACUCCAGGUUAUCAAACCGGUCCCAAAACCCACAGUGUCCAUAAAGUACAACCAUGAGAAGGAUGCCUGGAGUCUCACCUGUGAAGCCCAAGUCACUGCUGACUUUGGACCUGUGACGUAUAAAUGGAAAACAGGUGACACAGAGUUGUCCACCGACAAGGAGCUGCUGAUAACAACGGAGAAUAAGGAAAGCUCCUUUUUCUGUGAGUUGGUAAACCCUGUCAGCAGCAGCUCCAGUGAAACAGUGGAAAACCCCUUUAUCACAGCUGAUCUGAUCUAUGGAAAAGUUGGUGGCUCCAUUGUUCUGAAACCAGGUCAGAUUCCAGAGACCAUCAAGAAAGUAACAUGGAGGCACAAAGUUGACCUCACCUCAAAGGGUUCUUGGCAGGAUAUUCAAAGUGAAAAAGCAUUUAAAGGUCGCUGUGACUUUGAUAAAACAAGUGGAAGUUUGACCAUCAACCGUCUGACUCUAAAGGACAGCGGCAGCUACAGACCUGAGAUCAACAACAAAGUUCUGGAGAUGAAGGAACUCCAGGUUAUCAAACCGGUCCCAAAACCCACAGUGUCCAUAAAGUACAACCAUGAGAAGGAUGCCUGGAGUCUCACCUGUGAAGCCCAAGUCACUGCUGACUUUGGACCUGUGACGUAUAAAUGGAAAACAGGUGACACAGAGUUGUCCACCGACAAGGAGCUGCUGAUAACAACGGAGAAUAAGGAAAGCUCCUUUUUCUGUGAGUUGGUAAACCCUGUCAGCAGCAGCUCCAGUGAAAUAAUGGAUAACCCUUUUAUCAGAGCUGAUCUGAUCUAUGGAAAAGUUGGUGGCUCCAUUGUUCUGAAACCAGGUCAGAUUCCAGAGACCAUCAAGAAAGUAACAUGGAGGCACAAAGUUGACCUCACCUCAAAGGGUUCUUGGCAGGAUAUUCAAAGUGAAAAAGCAUUUAAAGGUCGCUGUGACUUUGAUAAAACAAGUGGAAGUUUGACCAUCAACAGUCUGACUCUAAAGGACAGCGGCAGCUACAUAGCUGAGAUCAACAACAAAGUUCUGGAGAUGAAGGAACUCCAGGUUAUCAAACCGGUCCCAAAACCCACAGUGUCCAUAAAGUACAACCAUGAGAAGGAUGCCUGGAGUCUCACCUGUGAAGCCCAAGUCACUGCUGACUUUGGACCUGUGACGUAUAAAUGGAAAACAGGUGACACAGAGUUGUCCACCGACAAGGAGCUGCUGAUAACAACGGAGAAUAAGGAAAGCUCCUUUUUCUGUGAGUUGGUAAACCCUGUCAGCAGCAGCUCCAGUGAAAUAAUGGAUAACCCUUUUAUCAGAGGUCGCUGUGACUUUGAUAAAACAAGUGGAAGUUUGACCAUCAACAGUCUGACUCUAGAGGACAGCGGCAGCUACAUAGCUGAGAUCAACAACAAAGUUCUGGAGAAGAAGAAACUCCAGGUUAUCAAACCGGUCCCAAAACCCACAGUGUCCAUAAAGUGCAAUAAGGAAAAGACCAGCUAUAGUCUGACCUGUGAAGCCCAAGUCACUGCUGACUUUGGACCUGUGACGUAUAAAUGGAAAACAGGUGACACAGAGUUGUCCACCGACAAGGAGCUGCUGAUAACAACGGUAUGA